AUGGCUCAAAGGGGAAAAAGUAUUUUUGCACAAAGAAUGAAAAUAGAAAGGGAAAAUAAAUGUCAAUUAAAUUCAUCUAGUUCUGAUAAGUUGUCCGAUCCUGUUAAAGUAUUUGGAGAAAGGAGUUUUAUAAUAUCUGGGACUAAUGCUCAGGAAAUUCAUCAAGAAAACAUCCAAAAAUUGUCUAGCAUGAAUGCUGAAGAACUGUCACUUGAACGUCAGAAACUUAUUUCAGAAUUAGAUCCAAAUAUUUUAGAUUUUCUCAGAAAUCGUCGCAAAAAUGUUUCUCUUGGUCAUAAAAACGAAGAGAGUAUGGAAGUUUCAAACGAUGCAGAAAAUCAUAAUGUUCAAGAACAUAACAUAAACAUGGAAAUAUCUGGAUCUACACCUUUGGUAGUUGAAGACAUGCCAUUAAUUAAUAAUGAUAUUGUAAAAUCUAAUGAUGACGUGCCAUUAGAAGAUGUGAAAGAUCUUGUACAUAAAUACCCACAUAUGGAUGUUGUUGAAAAAGAGAAGUUGCAAUGGACUGGUUAUUUGCCUCUGCAGGUUAAGUUACCGGAUGAUCCUUAUCCUGCUAGAUUUAAUUUUGAAGGUAACUUACUUCCUCAUUCUGACAAAGGAGAAGGAAUACUCCAAGGUUUACAUAAUCAUGGGGAAGAACCAGAACGCCCGGGUUACACAUUACAAGAACUUAUACAACUAAGUCGAAGUUCAGUUCUGCAACAGAGAGUAAUUUCUCUUAAUACUCUUGCGAAGAUAAUGGCUAAUGCUUCCAUGUAUGAUGAAUGCUUCAAUGAGCCUAUACUCCCUGCGUUAUUAGAAGCUGAUAUGUUUUUGUUAUUGAGAUUCUCUCUGGAUGAUCCAGCUCUACCAAUAGUAAUGGCUGCCUCAUCUGCAAUAUGUAACCUUUUGGUUAAUCAUAUUGAUGAAGCUUGUUUAGACAAUAUGUUAGGAACACCUUUGGGCAUACAGCAGCCUUCUUUGGGAGUUAUUUUGGAAAUGAAACCUAAUGAAAUUGAUGAAUUAAAAGACCAACAACUUCUUAAACUUGAUAUUAUUCGGGGAGCAUUACGUACAGAUAUUCUUCAGCGAAUCAAGUUUAUCCUUAUGUACCUAAACCCAGAACCAGUGGAGAUAAAACAGCUGCUGAAAACAUUGAUCAGAAUAUCAAGACAUUCUUUUGAAAUGGCAAACAGUGUAUUUACUUGUCCAGGAUUGCUUGAAGCAGUUAGAAAAUUAUUGGAUAUUAAAAAUGGUCUUUCAUAUUAUCCAGAAGCUCUAAAAUUAUUCCGAAUAAUUGCUUCUAGGUCUCAUUCAUUGGCUUUAGCAAUAUUUGAGAAAUAUGACUUACAAAAACCAAUUUUUACAUUUAUUGCUGGUGAAAAAGCUGCUGGACACCCUGAAAUUAUGCACUUAACAUUAGAGAGUUUUUAUACUUGGCAAUCCUGUUUGUGUUACAAUAUUGGUGUAGAUACGAUCAUGUACCUUAGCCCUGUGCUUGUAAAGCUGGCUGAAGCUCACUUAGGUUUAACCAAUAUAGAUGGUUCUAAUUCUGAUUUAGAACAUGGAGCAGCCCUAAUAUCUACGAUAGCAGUUGUUGCUAAGCUUAAUUUUGGUCAAGUGAGACACAUUCUUCCACUUCUACUGCAGGCUACUAUUAAGUGGUGUACACAAUACAUCAAAGUUCCCAAUCCUAAAUUUUCGGCAUCAAAAUUAUUAGGGUCUUGUCUUACAUUGUUUGCUGCAAUAUACAACGACUUUAACAGUAAAUGUGUACUUGAACCUGUAAUUGAAAAGUUAUUAUUAAGUACAAACUUUACAAAAAGCAUUCAAAAUCUCAGGAAGUGUUCAUGGUUGAUAAAUGGUAAAAUUAUUUCAAGCCCUGAAAAUUUGCCUUGCUUGGGUUGUAUUUCUCCAACUGUUAGAGAAGAAAGUACCCUUCCAUUUCUGUAUGCAUUGGCUGCUUAUAUUGUAGUUUCUAACAAUAAUACUUUUAAAGAAAUUUUUCUAAAUCAUAUCGAAAUUCUCGGCUAUAUUAGAAGUAUUCUGAGAGGUGACAAUAUAACAACUUUAUGUGGCCACUGGUACGCAAGACAAGAACUUAAUAUUUUGGUUGUUCUUGUUCAUAUGUUUACUGCAGUUGAAAUAAGAGAAAAUCAGGGAAUAUUCCAUAAAUUGGCUUUCAAAUUGUUGACUUCUGUUCAAACUGGAGAUCGAGCACUCCUUCCUGACAUCAUUUCAAAAACCAUUUUUAAUAGAAAGUUCUUAAGCUUAGAUGUGGAUUCUGUGGCAAAGAGAAUGGAAGAUCUCAAAUUAAAUAAAUCUGUUUCAACAAACAAAAUAAAUAAACUCUCACUUUUAAAUGAAUCACUUGCCGUACUGAAAGAUAUAGAAAAGUUGUAUAUUUGUGAACUUGGAUUUGAAGGUCUUAUAGUUCCAUGGCCACCUGUUACAUUAACAGGAAUUCUAAAUUCAACUCAAUCUGCUCUUCCAUUGGAUUGGCCAUUUUUGCCAAUUAUCAGACUUCAUGAAAGACAAGGGCAAGACAAAGAUUCUGUGUUGAUUGCUACAAGAAGUUUGCAGUGGUUUAUAAUUAUAGAAGAACUAAUGCCUGAUGUUUUCUCUUUAGAUUAUACAGCAAAAUAUUGCCGUUUAUGUUGUGUUUAUUUGGCAGGAAGUGAAUUGUUUCAAGAUGUUUCACCAUUGCUAGAAGCUGCAUUAUCAUAUGUAUUAGCACAUAAAGAUAAAAUAGACUUUGAAAAUAGUAUUCCUGGAUUAACAUCAUUUUAUGACUUCUAUAGAGAAGUUCUUGAACAGUUUGCUGGUGUAUCAUAUGGUAAUUCAGUAUUUGGACAGUAUGUUCUUCUUCCUCUUCAACAAAGGCAUAGUAAUAAGUAUAAGAAGCUGGUAUGGAGUGAAUUAGCUGCUAUCCUUCGACUUCUAAGGACUCCAUUUGAUGAGGUUGAUAUAAAUGACUACUUAAGUCCUUGUGAAUCAGAUGGUGAUUUAUUGAUGACAUAUUUGCGAUGCUUAGGAACAGGACGUGUAAGAGAUAUUUGGUGUCCAGUUUUAUAUAAAGUAGCAGUUCACCAUGUUUCAACUUUCGCUAAAAAUAAUGAUGAUAAAUUAGCGCAUGGCCUCUUAAAUUUAAUCAAUACAAUGGGAAACAAGGAAUUGAAGAAUCUUCUUUUGAAUUAUAGUAGUUGA